CCGCCUCGAGGCCACGUAGCCCCGCUCCGGGCCGCCAGGCCGCAGAGCCUUUGAAAGACGGCGGGAGGCGGUCGGUGCCAUGGCGAGCCCGGGACACCUGCUGUACGCGCUGGGCCUGCUGCUGUGCGCAGCGGUGACCCUCCGGCUGUCCGCUGCCCCUGCCUCCACCCAGAAGCCCAUCAUCGGAAUAUUAAUGCAAAAGUGCUAUCCUAAGGCAAUGAAAAACCUGGGAAAAUACUAUAUUGCUGCAUCCUAUGUAAAGUAUUUGGAGUCCGCAGGUGCAAGAGUUGUACCAGUAAGGCCUGAUCUUACCGAUGAAGAGUAUGUAAAGCUUUUCCAUUCUAUUAAUGGGGUCCUCUUCCCUGGAGGAGGCGCUGACCUCAAGAAGUCAGGUUAUGCCCGCACAGCCGAAAUAUUUUACAGCCUUGCCACACAGAGUUUUGAUGAUGGAGACUACUUUCCUGUGUGGGGCACAUGCCUUGGAUUUGAAGAGCUUUCGUAUCUGGUCAGCGGAGAGUCAUUAUUAACACACACAAAUACUGAAGGAAUCACAAUGCCGCUGAACUUCACUGAAAGUAUAUUGCAGAGCAGAAUGUUCCGGAAUUUUCCUGCUGACUUGUUGCUGUCCUUAGAAUUAGAGCCUCUGACUGCAAAUUUCCACAAGUGGAGCCUCUCCAAGAUGAAUUUUACGAAGAAUGAAAAAUUAAAGGCGUUUUUCAAUGUACUAACUACAAAUACUGAUGGCAAGAUUGAGUUUAUUUCAACAAUGGAAGGGUACAAGUAUCCAGUGUAUGGCGUCCAGUGGCAUCCAGAGAAAUCUCCUUACGAGUGGGGGUUAUCUAACGGCAUUUCCCACGCACCCAACGCUGUGAAGGCUGCAUUUUAUUUAGCGGAGUUCUUUGUUUCUGAAGCUCGGAAAAACGGUCAUCAUUUUCAAUCUGAUGUUGAAGAGAAAGAAGCACUGAUUUAUCAGUUCCAUCCCGUCUAUACUGGAAAUAUUUCUCAAUUUCAGCAAAGUUAUAUAUUUAAUUGAAAGCUUUCCAUAUGUUAACAGAAAUUUUGAAUAAUUCCAUGAUGAAAUUGUUUCAAUAACUUGAUACUCAUGGCAGUAAUGGAAAGCCACUGAGAUUUCGUCUUUAUGUUGUUACUGGCUCUGCAUCUUUAUUCAGUAUAUUUGACUAUAUCACAUUUGAUAAUUCGUGAGACAGAUAAACAAUCAUAGUGUAUUUCAUGUAAAAACUUCCUUUUAUCUCAAGAUUAGAAAAAAAUUCAUUUAUUGAAAAUAUAGGUAUUUUUUUUCUGAUUGAUUCUGGAAAUAAACACCACCCACUACCCAGUCUACCCAUCCUUGCUGAAGACUCUUUAAAUCCUAUCUCCAGUUCACUGCGACCUCUCUCUCCUUUGAGUCUCAGGAGUAUCCAGGCCCUUCAUAAGUACUUGUGACUAUUUGUGAAUGAACUUUUUUUCCCCCAUGGAAAAUAAUUUGAAAGCUGUCAUACAUUUAUUUGGGUGCAUUUUAAUAUAUUUGUCAUCCUUUGCUUCCCUCUCCCACCCUUCACUGUCCCAUCUAUUCUCACAGACUCCGAAAUUGAGGAAUUCCUUGAGGACAGCCAAGCAGCUGGAAGAGAGGGGGGAUUUAUGGAGCUGUUUCUGACAGUGUUUAUGAACCUGUUCUCCUUGGUCCUCCACAGCUGGUGCCAGAGAAGCGGGAAAGUGGGGAAGAGUGAUGGGGCAGGAGGCUGGAGGAGGUUAUGAAUGAUUUUCUGUAUAAAAGUUAAUAAUACUCUGAAGAUACUGAGAUAAACCCUAAGCUUUGGGCUUUAAGGCCAGCAGAACAUAGAAAUUGAAAGAGAACACAUUCAGCUAAAAAGGAUGUUGAUGAAAGUGUGGUGCAUCUAGUUUCUGUCCAUAAGCAUGAAGAUUCUGUUAAGUCUUACUGUCUAAUGUGCCAUUUCUGGCGAAUUUCAUGUCUCCACAGUAGAAAAAGGUGGCAACACUGUUAUUACUCAUACUGCCCAGGCCCUUUCCAACCUGUUUGUUUGGAAAUAUUAUAGAUCUGCUUGUCUCUGAAGUUCCUUAAUAACAUAUAAUCCUGACUGUAUCAUCACUCACGAUGCUGUGUCACCCUUCCUUCUGCCCCAGAAUACUGGCUUCUAAUUGCCCCCAAAGUUCUCACUGUGCUAUUGGUGAUGGCCACAAAUGCAAGAAAAUGGGAACCAUAUUUGUUUUUUACUCACGUUAAGUUUUCCAUUUUUCCAACCAUGUAUAUUUUUGGAGUCUUUACACUGGGAUUACUUUAUUCCGAGAAUGGAGUCUCUUUGAAAGUUGCAACACCCCUGUUUUCCACCCACUACCACCUGCAGGAAGGCUAUGCAGAGGCCUGAGGGCAAGUGAGAAGUUCGGGAAUCUGGUCUACUGGAGAUCCACCACUGACCCCUGGGCUUGAGCCACAUGUGUGAGCCCAUGUGCUGGCUCUUAACUCCCAACUGCAGUGUCACCCCCUGUUAACAGCGCGCAAAGGCAGUGACGUGGCAACACCCAUCUUUUAGCCUCCAUGCCUCCAGCUCCAGCCACUAGCACCCCAAGUAUUCACUCCACUCCUUCCACAAGCUCCACAUCAUGUGCAGGCAGUCUCCUAGGGCUGGCCGUCCACCUCCUCCCAGGCUCAUCAGCAAGCACUUCGAGUCCAUGCCCUCUUGCCCCCGUUGAUGUAACAAGGUCAGCCUGCCUCGGAGCAGUCUUAAGCUGAGCUAAACGAGGGACAGAGGGUUAGACAUCCCUUGCCUGGAUAGGACUUAAGGGCAGAGCCUGUCACUCAUUUCUAUUUAGAAGAUAGUUCUGAGUGCCCACACGUGUACAUAACUUGUCUGGCAGAUGUUUUAUGAAGGGAUGCUGGCUCCAUUGCCCCACUGCAGAGCAGAUAGUCUCAAUACCUUGUCAGGCUGAGUUUCCAUGGUUGGGAUGGGGUUAGGAUGGUCCUACAGCUUCUAAAAGCACAGGGAUAAGACCCACUGAAGUAUUCAGGUGCAGAACCUGGCCCAUAGCAGGCCAUGAGUAAGUGGCCUCCCCUCAUUUCCUUUCCCUCCUCCACAAUAAUGGAACAGCCCGACGUGCAUGCUGUGUUACCUAUCAGAAGAGCAAGAACUGAUACCACUUAUAUGGAAAGAAUUGUGAAAAAAGGGUCCUUUGCUCCUUAGGAACAGAAGCUUUUUUUUGUUACUAGCUUGUAAUUUUAUUCCACUUACUUUUCUAAGAGGAAUUAAGUUUUUAUUCCAUAUAACCUUUUGUAUUCCAAUAGUGGUUUAAAAUGAAGUUAUUGCAGUAAUGAAUCAGGAACACUAGAUGUCAGGAGAGAACCAACUAAACCCAAAGUUUAGUGUUUACUAAUCAUUUAGAAUAGAAUUUAGAGGCCGCCAGGAACCUAAAGAACAUCUAAUAGUACAAUCAUUAUAUUUAUUAAUACUAAUGGUUUGUUGAAUUAUUAUGUUGUGCACCUGAGUUAAUAUGUCAAUUAUAUCUCAAUGAAAAAAUACUAAUGGAUGUAUAAACAUAGAUUUACACCUAAUACUAGAUGUUUUCUGAUCUAUGAGGAGGCCCUAAAAGACUUGAUUAAAAAAAAAAAGGAUGUAAACAAUGUUAAUCAUCUUUUAAGGGCCAGGUACGUUUCUGUACAUACAUUUGUGGGCUGCCCACAAAAUAACAACCCCCUUUUCCCUGCUGCAUAAAUGGGCAACCUCUAGGCUAGAGGAGGAUUUUCCUGGAUGGGCAACGAGCCAGAGCCUCAUCUCAAGAGAUGCUUCUGGGGAGACAGAUUGGCAGGGGAGGCACAACGUAAGAACAUCUACCGUAAGCAAGACACGGGAGCAAAGGUGCUCUAAACAAAUGUGGACCUGAUUGGAUUUUUCUCCUACAGACUAAAGCAGCGGUCGCCAACCUUUCGGACCUCACGGACCACCAGUGGUCCAUGGACCACCAGUUGGCGACCACUGGACUAAAGUUCCUCCACAGAAUCUGCUCUAAAUCUUCUCAGGGUUUCCCCUUCGAAUUUAAGGAAAAGUCUUUAAUCAUGAGUUUUUCUGCAUCAACUUAGCUUUUAGACUUCCAGUUCUCUAUCACCUAUAAUAAUAAAAGUGUAAUAUGC